CCGGCGAGCAAAAUGGUUGACGUCAAGUCAGGUCUGGAAAGCAUGGAUGUGGGUGCCCUCCAUUCCAAACAGCAGGACCAGCUCCUGGCCUUCAAGAUCAACACCAAGAUUAACAAUGAAAAGUACCUCCGGGCUCACACGGAAAUCGAGGUGCUGCUGUCAGGAUUCCUCAGAGACGUCUUGAUGCAAAGGCCGGAGAAUAUUCGGGAGUUUGCUGCAGACUAUUUCACCAACCCUGAGCUGCCGAAGAAGAUCCAGCAUCAGAUGAUGGAGAAGCUAAACCGGGCUUCUUAAGAGCCCCCUUGGGCUGAAUUCCUGCUUUCGCACUGCCCCAAAACAAAAUGCCACCCUCCAGUUCUUCAGAAUGUGGUUUCUUUGAGCCUUUUUACGUCCACCAGAGUUGUCAAUAAACCAG